UGUCCUCAUAGAUUGACAUUAGAAAUCCUGUAGGGAAAUAAUAGAUAGCGCAAGCACCCAGCGGCAAGGAAAGACAGUAGUGAGAAUGGAAAUAACAAUAAAAAGACACAUGAUAAUGGUACAUUUCGACAAGCACAAUGCUUCUCCAUUAAUUAUGAGGAAGAAGAAAGGGACAAAAUAAUGGUACUGCAACCACAAAGCUUAAGACAUCUCCUACCCCAUUGACCAUCCUUUGUAGCCUGUCUCAACCAAUUAUUUCAAUGAUGUAGUGCAGUAGAGUUCUGCCAUUGUGACACAUGUCAGGUGUUGUUUGGACAUGACCACCAGCUUGAAAUAAUCCUUUGAUCACCAGAAAAUCCCUUCUUCUUGCAUAUCUUUAGCAAGAGUCGUCUCUCUAUAUAUAUAUAUAUAGAGAGAGAGAGAGAGUUUUGUGGUCUCUAGGCUAAACUGCUUCUCUUGCUCUCCAAGAUUCAAAGGCACCAACCCCAUGAAGGAAACAUGGAGAUAUCUAGCAGGCAUUGCAGGCCCAAGUGGUUAUGGCUCAAAUUCAACUGCUGAGCAAGUUAUUCAAGAUUCUGCUUGCUUAGUCCCUCCCCAUUUAACUGCCAUCAUCACUGGGGCUACAUCAGGUAUUGGAGUGGAAACAGCAAGAGCACUAGCUAAAAAGGGUAUGAGAAUAGUGAUUCCUGCAAGGGACUUGAAAAAGGCAGCUGGAGUAAAGGAAGCGAUACAAAAAGAGAGUCCAAAUGCAGAGAUAAUAAUAUUUGAGACUGAUAUGAGCUCGUUUGUUUCUGUAAAGAGAUUUUGUUCUGGUUUUCUUGCUCUUGGACUACCCCUGAACAUCCUCAUAAAUAAUGCUGGAAUAUACUCUCAGAAAUUGGAGUUCUCUGAAGACAAAAUCGAAAUGACAUUUGCUACGAAUUACUUGGGGCAUUAUUUGAUGACAGAGCUGCUGUUAGAGAAAAUGAUAGAAACAGCAGAGCAGACAGGCAUCCAAGGAAGAAUAAUAAAUCUCUCGUCUGUAAUUCACAGCUGGGUGAAGAGAGAUGCUUUUUGCCUCCAGAAAAUGCUAAGCCCGAAGAGCUAUGAUGGGACACGUGCAUAUUCUCAGUCCAAAUUGGCUAAUAUAUUGCACGUCAAGGAAAUAGCCAGACAGCUCAGGGCAAGGAAUGCAAGAGUAACUAUCAAUGCGGUACAUCCAGGCAUUGUGAAGACUGGAAUAUUGAGAGCUAGUUAUAAGGGCUUCCUCACAGAUUCCCUUUACUUCAUUGCGUCCAAGUUACUAAAAUCAACAUCUCAGGGUGCAUCAACCACAUGUUAUGUUGCUUUGAGUCAGCAAAUAGAAGGUGUGAGUGGCAAAUACUUCGCAGACUGUAAUGAAAGUAAAUGUUCAACUCUGGCAAAUGAUGAAUCUGAAGCACAGAAACUGUGGAUGCAAACCCAUGCACUGAUGCAGAGAUAUCUGUAUCUACCAGCAGCAUAGCAUGCUCUUCCUAGUGAUGAGAGUACAUAUUUAGGAGUCAUGUAUAUUUACAAGUUAUAAAUUCUAUCGGAUGUACAUACACUUAAGAAAGGGAUUUUAUAAGAGUAGGAGCUAAUAAAAAAAGAGUAAAGGAUAAUUCAAAGUUGACAAAUUUAAAUAACGAGAUAGUGAUGGCACAUCAUUGUAUAAUAGAGGAGAGGAUAUGAGAUUUAGUUCAAUUUAUGACAUUAAUAAAAGGGAUUAUUUCCUUCGCAUAA